CUUUGACACUGAAGUUCACUGACCUGAAUCACAAAAGAUUUUCGUAAAAUUAUACUUUCUAAUCGAAAUAAUGUGCUAAUUGAAAUGUUGGAAAACAAUACAAAAUAAUGUUAUGAAACAAACUGCGAUUCAUUCUUCUUAAACCAUGUCGUCAGAGCACGUAUCCCGUGUGCGGCAGCUUUACAAGCUGAUAUUCCGCGUGCACCGCGCGCUGCCUGCAGAACUCCGUGUGAUGGGAGAUAACUACGCGAGAGACGAGUUCAAAAGGCACAAACAGUGCGGUCCGGAGGAGGCGAGGAUAUUUCUUAAUGAAUGGAUGGACUAUGCCAUAAACCUGGCAAAGCAGAUGAAACCACUGCAGCAAGCGAAGAGGAAAGAAGUAGGCAAAUACUUGGACCCAAAGCUGCUCGAUCACAUGAGCGAUGAACAGCUGUGCCAGCUCUACGAAUUACACAAAGCAGCAUCGGUAGCGGAGGAUGGUGGAAGUAAGGAAAAGUAGUUUCAAUGCACUCAAUUGCACUCUUGAGGCACUGCUCGCAUGUAAAGGGACCUUGCGAGUUGAAAGGACUGCCAUCUUGUGACUUUUAAAUGAAACCUUGGACUUGACAUGUGACUUCACGCCAAUAUGCAGUUGCUGCCCCC